CCUGAAGUGUUCACUACUUCCCACAAGUAUUAGAUCGGUCGAGGCAUGGGCUACUGGCAUUCCCACCAUGUUUCUUUCAAAUCAGUGAAGGGAAGUAAAACAAGUGCACACUUUGGGAGGAAGGAGCGAUAAGUAGAUAAUAUAAUUGGAACAUAGCCCUUGUCAAGGACCGCAGGAAGUGACAUCAGAUUGGAGGAGAAGUUAGAAACCACAAGGCCCAAGUGACAGUGUUUCACUUCACAUCAUCUCUCUCAACUGAACACAAUUAUCUUCAGGUUCAAUAGAGGACACAUCAGAAUCAUCAUAGAAAUGUCUCUAGGCUCUGUUGUCAUUCUUUACUCACUUUAUUUAAUGUCAGUGUCAGGGCAGAAAUUGGACCAGGAGAUUUCAUGGACUAGGAAAAAGGGAGAGGUUGUCUCCUUCAGCUGCAAAGACUAUGACCGGUGUGGAACGGGUGUCUACUGGUACCAGAAGAAGGAAGGAGAAACUUUUACCUUGAUUCUUAUCAUCAAAAAGGAUACCUGCGGAGUCUAUGGAAAUUUCGACCAUCCUCAAGAAGAUGAUUUCUCAGCCAUGAGAAAGAAGAACACCUGUGAUCUGAAGAUCCAGUCAGUUAAAGUGUCCCAUUCUGCCACCUACUACUGUGCCUGCUGGAACCCACAACUACUUUUUGACAAGGGAAUUUUCACUGUGUAUGGUUAUGUAUUUGGCUCUGGUACGAGACUUUAUGUGACAGACAAUCACGUACGUAAACCCAAAGUGACGGUCUACCCAGCGUCCAACCCUGAGUCGAAUGGGAAGACCACACUGCUAUGUCUGGCUAGAGACAUGUUUCCAGACUUGGUCAAGAUCUCAUGGAAGAUGGAGGAUGAAUACGGCCAAACAGUGGAGGUGUCCAAAGCAGAGACGGAACAGCUGGAGCAGAGGGAGGAAGGACGGACGACCAGUAUGAUCACCAUUGAUCAAGAGAAUGCGUGCAAGAACAAAUACAGAUGUUAUGUGGAGCAUGAAGGGGACACUCACGAUGUUGACAUGCUAAAAGAUCCCUUCUUCGUCAUGUGCAGUCUGAACCUGGCCUCUCUGGUUUAUACAGUGAUGAUAGUGAAGAGCAUGGUGUACUGCUGUGGGCUCUCUCUCCUGCUGCACCACAGGAAGAUGAGGAAGUGGACACAACACCUGUAGAGAGGAUACCCCCCAGUAUGGAUAAAGAUGUAGUAGGCUGGGAAUAACAUGGAUUUUACAUCCCAUUGAGGUCUAACAUCUCAAUUGUUGGCCUAUUGCCUUAAUUUUCUAAACUUUAUUUUUAAGAUGCUAAAAUAUUGUAAGCCAUAGAUUUCCAUGUCUUCCAAUAACUUAAACUGACAAUUAUGACAUUUUUUGCAGAACAUUAUGUAAAUUGUGUUUCCCUGCUUAAAAUAAAAAUGAAGCCUAAUAUUACAUUUUUUUAUGACUGUGGGAGCUACCCAUUGCAGACACUUGAAUAAAGGUUAAGUUAAGGUUGUCUGAAAAAUAAUGAAAGCAAAUCUUGAAGGUAGAUCCUUACAAUUAAAAUGUAGACUAUUUUAUGAAAGAUGCCCUUGAAUAUCUGUCAUAGCUUAAAUUAUUUUGUACAAAAUCUGUAUUUGAUUUAUAUAAAAAUAUUUUUCCUAAAUAUUAUAUUUACCAAUACAUUAUUAAAUAUGUAGGCCCAUGAUUUAAAUAUCCAAAUAUCCUAUGUCUCAUUAGCCAAUAUAAUAUUUAGUAACUUGUUAUGUGU